UUUUUUCACGGCUUUGCUUUGAAUUUAAGAACAUCCAUCGAUUCUACAGAUCGUAACGAAUGUUGGUAGAGUGAAAUUUGUGGAUUUGAGACAGUUUUCGAUAGAUAAAUUGAGAACAAAAAAAUUUUGACUGUUUUAAAAGAUUUUUUUUCAAGAAAUUCUUUGUGAUAAAAGAUAAUUGGACAGACAGAUCAACAGAAGGAAUGUCCAAAAAAGUGCUAAGAAAUUGACUCAAUUGAAAUUCACAAAUAUAGAAAGUGAAUGUUGUAAUUUGAGGAAUUGAAUAAGCAAUUUAUAUUAUUGGUCAAUCGAUUUUGUUACUUCAUUUCGUUCAGUUCGUAUAUACACAUAUUAUAAACAAGAUAUUUUUGUUGGUCACUGAUUUAUAAUAAAUCAAAUGGCAUCAAUGUCGUUUCGUCCAUCAACAAGUGGCGCAAAUUUCGAAAAGGUUAAUAUCCCGUGUAGAUUUUAUCCUGGAUGCCGUUUUGGCAACAAUUGCAAGUUUCUACAUGACGAUGCAACGAGUUUUGAGGCAACACCAACUAUAAAUAAUAAUAUUGCGCAAUCUAUUUUACUAUCAUCAUCUUCAUCAGCGAAUAAUUUAAAUCCUCAAGCUCCCAUUUUUGUGCCUACAAUUUAUAAACAAGACUUUGAUUCAAAUUUUCCGCCCAAGUCGUACGCAGAUGUUGUGAAUGCAAAUAGAGAUCCCAGCGAACAAGUCACAGAACUUUCUAUCUACCCUGCCGAUGAUCCUACUCAAAUUUGCCCAUUUCUUAUGAAAAGUGGAAUUUGUCGCUAUGAGACAUGCUCGUAUGCUCAUGGUGAGAUGUGUGAAAUGUGCGGAAAGUUUUGCCUUGAUCCAUACAAUGUUGAGCAGAGGAAAAAACACGAAAAAGACUGCAUUUCUGCUCACGAACGGGAAAUGGAACUAGCAUUCUCAAUUCAGCGCUCAAAGGAGAAAACUUGUGGAAUAUGCUUUGAAAUCGUGUGGGAAAAGGAAGGACGUGAGCAGCGAUUUGGUAUUUUACCGAAUUGCAAUCAUUGUUUCUGUCUCGAGUGCAUUAGAACGUGGCGACAAGCUAAACAAUUUGAUAAUAAAAUCAUUCGAUCAUGCCCCGAGUGCAGAAUUUGUUCAGACUUUGUAUGCCCAAGUAGCUUUUGGUGUGAUUCGGCUGAGGAAAAGGAGAAACUGAUUUCAAAAUAUAAGAAUGCUUUAAGCGAGAAGGAUUGCAAGUAUUUCAAGAAGGGUCAAGGAACAUGUCCUUUUGGAAACAAAUGCUUCUACAGACAUUGCCUAAUGGAUGGUAAAAAAGUCGACGUCGGUGAACCAACCAGAACACGAGCUCUAAAUAGCCUUGGACAUCUUGAAAAUCUUCCGAGCCUCUUAUUUUGGAAUUUCAUAGAAGAAAGAAUGUUCUUUGAGGGUUACUCUUCAUCCGACUCAGAGUCUGGAGUAUCGGACUUUCUCGAAAUUUUCUAAAAGCAGAAAUUCCAAUCAGCAAGAUUAUAAGUCUUUUCAAGUAAUUAAUUAAUCAAAAUCGUGUGUCUGUGUGGAA